CCAGAAGUGAAAACGCACGACACAGAAUUUUCUUUGAAGUGCGCUGUAUCCACUCCCACCCUUCCGAAAACGCCAUUCGGGAAGACCAGUGCUCUUCCUGAGAGCGCGGACCAUAAUUUGGGCUCCUCCACCACAAUGCUUGCAUACAUCAAGCCAACCAAGACUGGUGAUGAUCCAGUCGUUCGCAAUGUUGAUGAACUCGGGGUGAAAGCGGAUGGGAGUGAGGCGAGGGCGCGAGUAUCUUCGUCUCCUAACAAGCCAUUGAGUCAUGUGCGUGCUUUCCGGUAA